UCAGACUGCUCUGCCAUGACCACGGCGCGGUACCGGCCCACGUGGGACCUGGCCCUCGACCCGCUGGUGUCGUGCAAGCUGUGUCUCGGGGAGUAUCCAGUGGAGCAGAUGACGACCAUCGCCCAGUGCCAGUGCAUCUUCUGCACUCUGUGCCUGAAACAGUACGUGGAGCUCUUGAUCAAAGAAGGACUAGAAACCGCAAUCAGCUGCCCUGAUGCCGCCUGCCCUAAACAGGGCCGCCUGCAGGAGGACGAGAUUGAGUGCAUGGUUGCCGCCGAAAUUAUGCAAAGAUACAAAAAGCUACAGUUUGAAAGAGAAGUGCUCCUGGACCCCUGUCGGACUUGGUGCCCAGCGUCCACCUGCCAGGCUGUGUGCCAGCUCCAGGACAUGGGCCUGCAGAGCCCACAGCUGGUGCAGUGCAAAGCCUGUGCCAUGGAAUUCUGCUCUGCCUGCAAAGCCAGCUGGCACCCUGGCCAAGGCUGCCCGGAGACCAUGCCGAUCACCUUCCUUCCCGGAGAGACCAGCUCUGCUUUCAAACUGGAGGAGGACGACGCACCCAUCAAACGCUGUCCCAAGUGCAAGGUCUACAUCGAGCGGGACGAGGGGUGCGCCCAGAUGAUGUGUAAGAACUGCAAACACGCCUUCUGCUGGUACUGCCUCGAGUCUCUGGACGAUGAUUUCCUUCUGAUCCAUUACGAUAAAGGACCCUGCCGGAAUAAGCUGGGCCAUUCCAGGGCGUCUGUCAUCUGGCAUCGGACACAGCUGGCUCGUCUCCUGAACAUCCAUGAUGCAUUUACUGUGGGAGACGCCGGGGGCCGCGCGCGGUCAGAGAACCCCUGCCAGGCCGUGGACUCCCCAAGAUUGCCAGCACGAGCGGUGCUGCGCUGCCGUGACGCCCUCGGAGCCUGGACCCACUGA